AUGAAGAAUUCGAUUGGCCAAAGAAAUAUUAUACAAAAUUAUGGUGUUGAUUUAAGUUUUUAUCGUGUAAAAUAAAAUCAAUCAAUACUAACUACUCGUCAUUCAAAAUUACCAUCAUUCAAUAAUCCAAUUCAUAUUUCAACUCCAACAUCUCCUAAAGAAUAAUAAAAAAUGUGGAAAACAAAUCUUUGCUUUUAAAAUGAAAGCUCUUUCAGUCAUUCUAGAAAAAGAUAAGAUGAGUUCUCCAGUAAUAAAAAUAGUGUUAGUCCAUAAUUAAGUAAACUACCUCGCAAAUCAUAUCAGAUAUAGUUAGAUUAGUAAACGAAGAUUUUUCAAGCUUCAAAAUUAUAAGAAAAAAGUAGCUAAAGAAAUUCAAACUAUUCCAGGCCUAACUCAAGAUUGUUUGAAGAAUAGUAUUCUUUAAGAAUCCCAACUAAUGAUAUUGAAAUUGGAAGGGGUAAUUUUAAAUUUCAUUUUGUCCUUGGAAAAGGAGGAUUUGGUAAGGUUUGGAGAGUUGAGAUGAUCAAAACACAUAAAUUAUUUGCUAUGAAAGAGAUGAGUAAAGCCAAGUAAGUCUUAAUUUUCCUAAUAGGGUUUUGGCCAAAAAAUCUGUCAAUUCAGUGAUGAAUGAACGAACUCUUCUUACAUAACUUAAACAUCCUUUUAUUGCAAAUAUUCAUUAUGCAUUUCAAGAUAGAGAAAACUUGUAUUUAGUUAUGGAUUUAUUAACAGGUGGAGAUCUUAGAUAUCAUAUUGGUAAAAUGCGUAAAUUUUCAGAACAACAUACUAGUACGAUACUUUAUUUUAAUAUUUUAUAGAGUUUGUAAUUGCAAGUAUGCUUGUAGCUUUAGAAUAUCUUCAUAAAAAUGGAAUAAUUCAUCGAGAUAUUAAACCUGAGAAUAUUGUUCUGGAUAAGAAAGGAUAUCCAAGAUUAACAGAUUUUGGAAUAGCUAGGGUUAUAAAACCAGAAAAUUCAUAAGAAACAAGUGGAACUCCUGGUUAUAUGGGUAUUUAUUGUUAGUUAAAUGUUAGCUCCAGAAGUGAUGUUUAGAUAAAAUCAUAGUUUUGGAGUUGAUCAUUUUGCAUUAGGAGUAAUGGCUUAUGAAUUUAUGAUGGGUAAGAGACCAUAUUUAGGUAAAACACGCAAAGAUAUCAGGGAUGCUAUUAUUGCAAAAUAGGUUUCUCUCAAAAAACAUGAAAUACCUUAAAAUUGGUCUUGGGAAGCAGCUGAUUUUAUUAAUCAAUUGUUAUAAAGAAAACCAUAAUCUCGUUUAGGUUUUGGUGGGAUUGAAGAAAUAUAAACUCAUCCAUGGUUUUCAGGAUUUCCAUGGAAAGGAUUAAAUGAAAAAUAAUUGCCAUCUCCAUUUAAACUAAUGAAAUCAUCAGAUGAAGAUUUUAUACGAGAAAUUUCUUCUGAUAAUGAUUCAUAGGAUGAAUUGAUUUAGGAAAAUUUACUAUUACUUAGAUAGGAAACAAUUUAAAAUCUUUUUCAAAAUUAUCCAUACAUUAAAGAACCAUAAGUAACAAUAAAAAGAUUUUGA